UUACUGGUGGUUUCACAAUAUUCCGAAAGACAAAGCAUCAAUACCCUGUGUUGAAUAUCACCGCAAAAUGCGAACCGGCUUUAAACCGAUGCGAGCAUACGCCACUCACUCUAUUGAAGUUCAAAUCGUUUACUAAUAAUACCAUACCACGUAAAAUUAUAGUUAUUUUUAAGUUGUGAACGAGAGAAUGGCACAUACCACGGGUAUCAGUGAUGGGUUACCCUAUGAGGACAAAAAUGAGUUGGCUACAACGAAGGAUGGAAACGCAACACGGAAAACCAGAGGCAUUCCUUUCUCCAGGAAGAUAAGUUAUGCAGUUGGUGGCAUGCCCUAUCAGAUGACGGCCAACGCAAAGGGAUUCUUCUUGCAGAUUUUCCUGCUGGAUGUUGUACAGAUGGGGGCCUUCUAUGCAUCUCUCAUCCUCUUCCUUGGCCGGGCAUGGGAUGCCAUCACUGACCCUCUGGUGGGAUAUAUGGUCAUCAAGAGUGGUAGGACACGCAUCGGCAAACUCAUUCCCUGGAUCGUAUUCUCCAUGCCUCUGGGCGUCCUGGCCUACAUCAUGAUGUGGUUCACACCUCAGGAGUCCAUGUCUCCCUCCUCCAGUUUCUUCUGGUUCUUCAUCUGGAGCUGCCUCUUUGAUGCCUUCAUGACUUGCUAUCAUGUCCCCUACUCUUCACUCAACAUGUUCCUGGGGGGUGACCAGAAGGACAGAGACUCUGCCACCGGCUACAGAAUGGGGAUGGAGGUGUUUGCAACACUGGCGGGUGCAACCAUUCAGGGUCAGAUUGUGGGGUUGUACCAUGCUAAGAGUGCACAAGUCUGCAGCCAGCUGAACUACAGCGAGGCCUCCUUCCGUAACGUCUCCUCGCCCCUCACUGAUACCCUUCAGAACACGGUUUGGUCCAUCAUAUCCAUAACCCCCACCGUCUUUCUCUUCUCGCUCUUACAAUAACCACUAUCACACUCUUCUGUAACCGAGAAGACAACUUUGCAUCACUUCCUCUCUGCAAAAUGUCAAAAGUAGAAUUUGCCUGUACUGUAGAAAUUCAGCAAUAGCAUUGCAGUUAUAGGUUCUUCCCUAUUUGUGGUCAUUACAGGAAGUGUAAUCUUGUCUUGUCUGAACUGACAAUUAUUUUUUUUAACGUUUUCCCCUGAGCUUGUUGUUGUGUGUCUUAGUACAGAUACGCUGAUUUAAUAUUCAUUUGGUUAUUUUUCUGUCUUGGCUUCAGAGGAGAGCUUACGUGCUUGCUGCUUUAGUUUUGGGAGGAAUCUAUUUCCUGUGUUGUGUUGUGCUCUUCCUGGGUGUGAAGGAGCAGUUGGCUCCUCUCAGUACCCUGGACCGUAUCCGUAUGCCC